AUGAGUAGGCUAGAAAUCAUCGGUCUAAUCAGCAGCAUAAUCAGCUUCGUCGACUUUGCUGCCGAAGGUGUCGCUUUAGCUCAAGCCAUUGCAGAAGAUGGGUCGGCGUCGCUGCAUGGCAAUACGGAAUUGGAAGAUCGCAUCAAACUAUGUAACAAUCAAAUGAACAGUAUACGCCGGGAUUAUUCAGACACCGAGAAGAAUAGCCAUGAGGUUGAGCUUGUCAAAGUCACCGAUGAGUAUAGAAAUCUGACACUUGAGUUAACGAGUCUCCUGGGAGGCCUCAAGGCAACCAGAAAGCGGGACAUAGCAUUUAAGUUGUUCCAAAGCUCCCGCCAGAAACAUAAGAAGGCAGAGCUACAAAACGACUUGGAGGCUUGUCGUCAGCGAGUACAGAUGCAACUGACACUUGCGACAAGCGCAGACCUACAACAACGCUUAGUGGAGAUCCGUGAUCAGGGAAAGGCUAAAUCGACCGAAUUCAAGCUCACGAGAGACGGCAUAAGUGAGCUUGAGACUCGAAUGAAGGCAUGGAGGCAUGUUCCUGAGUUCAUGGAACAAGCCGCGGAUAUCCUAGCUCUCUCCAAAGAAGCAACCGAGCGCACCGCGCAGGCACUUAUAUUGGGGAAGCUCCAUGUUGCCGAUAUGACUCGCAGGUUCGACGACGUCAAGCCUGCCCAUGAGAAGACAUUCUCUUGGAUUCUGGAAUCAGAAGCCAGACCUGAAGAGACACCUGUGGAGCUCAAUGACCAUCAAGACCUGACUACUUGUUUCUCCAAGGGAAGAGGCAUCUUCCACAUAACUGGCAAGCCAGACUCCUUUACUUCGAACGCAGUUGUGUUCUUCAUAGACGGCUCAGACGAAUUCGCUGGAGAACAUCAGUUCAUGGUAGACUUGCUGCUCAGCUGGGUCGGUCGCUACCCAAACAACAUCAAAAUUUGUGUUUCGAGCCGUGAGUGGAUUGUUUUCACGAGGGCUUUGGACCAUAGCCCGAAAAUCAAGCUGCACGAAAUCACGUUUCGCGACAUCAAUAGCUUCGUUCGCACCAAGCUAGCAGAUCUCAUUCCGUCGACGGGAAAUGCGAUUGCAACAGAACGAGCUCGACGUUUGAUUGACCAGAUUAUCGACAAGGCCGAGGGUGUCUUUCUUUGGGUGCGUAUCGUUGUUGAAGGACUCAUCUCAAGUCAUGCAGCUGGAGAUGCCAUUGUAGACCUUGAAGAAAGGGUCAAUGACUUGCCCAAAGAACUGGAGAGUCUGUACGAAAACAUAUUUCAGUCCAUGGCAAAUGAAAGCUUCGCGACUCGGAAAGAUAGGAGAAGGGCUAUGCGGAUGCUCUUAGCCACUAUACCAUGUCACAGUCCCCGUGUGCAAACCCCUACGAUUCUCAUUCGCCAUUCGUUCCUCGAAGAUUACGAGAGAAACCGCAAUUUUGCCUUCGAUCUUCCCAUUUCCACUCGACAGAUGGAUGCGGCAACCCGAGAUCAGACACUAGAACAUACCCACAAGGCCGUGUAUCGCAGGUGCAUGGGUCUCCUUGAGGUGCACACUGCUGAAUUGGACGACAGUUCAGAAGACCAUGGCCCGAGACGCAGAAAGAAGGAGUCAGGCAGCACGAAAGAUGUACCAUCGGAUCCAGACAUUAUUGUCGAUUUGGACGACGAAGAAUAUCUCCAUAUGCAUGUCUCGUACGAGGACGCAUCCAGGAUCAAUCAAUCUUACCCGUCUCGUCAACAAGUCUGCUGUAUUCACAGGACAGUGCUUGAAUCUUUGCAACAAGACGAGGUGGAUGAAAAGAUUCGUGCUGAUGCGGCAGACAACACAGAAUUCAACGAAGGUGAUUUCCAUUGCCAGUCAUACCUUGCCGCAGUAAAACACUUUCGCCCAAGUGUUUUCUACGUACGAGACAAACUUAUCACUCAGCUUCGCGGUCUUCUUGCCCAUUAUCACUACUUGGAGAAGCGAUUAUCCGACGACCGUUGGAUGCACCUAUUCGAAGAACUUGGCAAUGUCCUAGAACACCACAACCUGCACGAGAUGGGAAUAGAUUUACACUUCGAUCUUCACUCAAACCAUACCUUUCAUACCUCGAGCUCAUUCCUUCCACCCGAAGACGCUUUGCUCCUUCUUUCUAUGAGAGCUGGGAUAUACAAUGAUUACGAUUCUCCCGAAAUUUGGAACAAGAUUAAAUGUAGUCAAGAUACCAGUAUAUUUGAAGGCAUCGUUCUCGACAACUUUCUCACCGGCAUCUUGGACCACGAACAGGCCAGGAAAGACGGAGCACGACAGUUCCAAGGCACUCCUGCGAAAGUAGUGAACGAAAGAAUUCUAGCAGGAGUGGAUGCCUAUCUCAAAUCUGGAGCGUCAUCUAGCGCAAAGUCGCAUAUCGGAAGCUGCGUACUACAUGGUGUACCUAUUACAUGCUGGCACACUUGGCUUAUGAGCCUGCUCGUGUCAUGUUUCCAGAAAGAAGGAAUCGAGAACCAAGCGGCCUUUAUAAAACUUUUCCUGACUUACGGCGCAGACACCGAUAUUUGGGUUAAGUUUACCGACGACGAUUUCAUCAUCUGGUGGCCAGGGACGGCGAGAGGGCAUUUCCUUGUGUCUAAUAUCUCCAGAUUCGAGAAUUCGAAGGCCAUCGUGAGAAAGGUUAUGACUCCACAAUGUCAUGAUGGAAUCGUUUUACACCUCCGCGACCUCCUGCCGGUAAUCUUUCCGGAGGAACGCGCCCGCUUAGAAAAUCUCGUGGCCCAGAUGGAACAACGGGCUCCAUGCCCACCGGCAGAGGUUUGGCAGGGAUCUGGUAAUUGGAGAAACGAGGACUAUUGUUGCAAGCCCGGCGGAGGCCAUUCAGAAGAUGGAUCUGAGAAAUGCUCUGAAGGGAACCCUGAGGUUUAG